AUGGGUAUUUUAAAGCUCGGCCCAGGCCGCCUCUCCAUCCCCCGCCGUUGCCGUGGCAACGCGGCGCGGCCGGAAGCCGGGCGCGCGAGCACUUCCGGCGCGGCCCGCGCGCGCGCCGGCCCCCUCUCGCGCGCCCGUCGCCCAAGAUGGCGGGCGCCCGUGUCGCUGCAGGUGGAGUUCGGAGGUGGUGCAGAACUCUUGUUCGAUGGUGUCAAAAAGCAUCAGGUGACUUUGCCCUGUCAACCAGAGCCUUGGGAUAUCAGAAACCUGCUCAAGUGGAUCAAACAGAAUAUGUUGAAAGAACGACCAGAAUUAUUUAUGCAAGGGGAAUCUGUGAGGCCAGGAAUUUUGGUGCUCAUCAACGACGCAGACUGGGAACUAAUGGGUGAGCUGGAUUAUAAACUCCAGGACCAGGAUAAUGUGGUUUUCAUCUCAACAUUGCACGGCGGGUGAACUCCUGAAAAGACAAGAGGAUGUAAAUCCAAGUCCCUGCGCAAAAACCCCAAACAAAAACCUUAACCCACCCAAACCUCUCUUGAACUGCCUGUGCCUGACCUCUGCAUCUUUCCACCGUGUUCUCUUGUUACUACACAUCCAAAUAAAGCCCUGCAGCCUGCGGCCUACUGUCCACCACAACAACAUCCAUCUUUUGGUCCUCAUUUCACCUCUCCUGACUGCACUUUCAGGUACCCUAAUGAGCAGAGAGCACCUGCAGAAUGUGGGACUUUAUUUUUCCGUGAUGGGAGGAAAAGAGGUGCUGAACCCUGAGUAGGAUGAUGUGUCUUUGCAGACAGUGAGGUGUUCUGGGGGAGUUGUGCCUGUUUUGGGGCAAGGCUGGGAUGCCUCUGCCUUGGUGCUGGGAACCAGGAUUCUUUUAACACAAUACUUAGUCUGUGCCCCAGCCACGGGAAGGGUGAGGCAUGAAGUGCAAGGAAACAAAAAGUGGCUUGCCUAGCUUUUCUAUGAGGUAGCAAACAUGACAGCUUCAGAGCCCUCUGUAGUGACUUCCACUUGUGGUAUUUAUUUUUGGGACGCAGGAGAGAAAUAGGCUUUUUGAAAAGUUCUGUUUUUCUGAUCCCUCAUGCUGUUUUCGUACUGGAACUGAGGCAGAGGGGGAAGUGCUGGCCCACAAACAACGUCAAUUUGUAAUGAUUUGGUUGGAGGGGAAACAAACCCUCACCCAGCCUGAGACAGCACGGAGUGAUCAGGGCAGCAAAUGAUCUUUCUGUCACCGUGAUGGACAGCAUUGAUCGGGCUGUGCUGCGUUCUGUGCAGGUGGGAGCUGCAGCCUGGCCGGGGAAGGGCUGGGGCUGGAGAUGCACAGUUGAAGUGCCAAGACCUGGGAAAGUCAGGCUUUUAACCCUUUCCACCAGUGGGAGAGGCUUCUUACUAUGUGCCCUGAGGAAGUCCUGUGAGCGCUGCAGAAGUGGGUGUGCUUGGCUCUGCUAGGGCACGGAUGCUGUUGGCUUUCCAGAAGUUUCCUCGGAUGGAUGGACUGGCCCCUGCCAGCCCAGAGGCCACGGCGAGAGCGGAGGGACCGGGUCAGAUCAUAGCACUGGUGCCACAGGUCUGAAACGUGCUGCGUGAGCUUCCAGGAGUGUCUGACCCAGGAUGGUUGUUCCUGCCCCCCCGCCCUGCUCACCUGCAUUUGGGCUUGGCUCCGGCAGCACAUGACAGUCCCCGGCGGCAGCUCCCGCUCGCUGGUGCUCAGUCGGUGCAUCCUGGAGCUGAUCUGCACCACACACUGCUCCGAGAGCCCUCCGUCUCCAGGAGGUGUGAGGAGGAGGUGGGAGGAGGGAGCAGCCAGUGCAGCAGCCCCUGCUUGGGCAGCCUGGCCCAGCAUCCCGGGUGCUGCGUACAAGGAGCUUCUCCCGCCCUGCGCCUGACGGAGGAAUUCCGCUGUCUGAUGCAGAGAGUGCCGAAGAGUAAUUCCCUCAGCUGACUUCUCCUCUCUCACGUUCACCCCUCCACAACCUGCGUAACUAAAAGCACCCACGGACUACGAUGCUGCUGCAUCUGAGGAACCCCACCUUCCACCCACUGCUGGUGACAAACUGAUAUUCAGCCUUUUCCAAAUCCAGCCACAGCGACUUGAGUCCAGCUCAUGCCGUUUGUAAAUGACACGGACGGGCCAAAGGCUCUUCUCUGUCCCCAGUUCCUGGCUGUUAGCUUUGCUGGGCCAGGGCAGUGGAAGGGGAUUCCAGGUGAUGGUAGGAGCUGGCUGAAAAAACAAGGAACCUGUGUGGUGUGCAGCUUGAAACGGACUGAAACCCGAUGGGAAAAGGCAGGUUUGUCUUCAGCGCUGCUGCCUGCCCUGCCUCUACGCUGCUUCUGUGCCUUAGGCUGGGCUUGUCUGUUCUCAUCCCCCCCAGCUGUUUGCUCAGAUUGGAUGGGUUCCUUCCCUGGGAGCUGUUAUUCCCCUCAAUAGUGCAGGUAGACCCAGGUGGCUUAGCUCCUGCCGUAGUAAAAGCUGCCAAUCACUGCUAAAAAAAGCUAGAAAUGGGAAGAUGAGGGAAGCCAGGGGGGUGAGAGAAGAGGGGUACAGCAAAAUCCUGUAAAAACAACAACAGCGAAAACUUUCUGAAAUAAAAGCCUUUUAA